AUGUUCUUCCCGGACCCACCGGCCAACCUGACGGACGUGGAAGACCAAGCCUUUUUGGGCAGCUGGAACCCGGCCUUCGACGUCGUACAGGCAGUGACGCCGACCGAGAUCACGGAAGCGAUAGGAAGAGCAAGCCCCUGGAAGGCGCCAGGCGAGGAUUUGCUCCCGAUGGGCCUUCUGAAGGCGUGCGGAGCACCGUUAGCUGAAGUGCUGGCCCAUCUGGCGACAAGGUGCCUGGAGCUAGGAUGGUUCCUGAACCGUUUCAAGAGGGCGAAGACUGUAGUACUACCGAAACCAGGAAAGGCUCCGCCGGUGUAUCAGACCCCGGGGGGAUACAGGCCCAUUGCUCUGCUGCCAACCCUGGAGAAGGUAAUAGAGUCAGUGGUCGCCAGGAAGGUCACUCAAGCUGCACAAGUCAACGGCCUCCUACCAGAUGAACAAAUGGGGAAAAGGGCACACCGCUCCACAGAGCUGGCUGUCCGGCUAGUAGUAGCCCAGGUCCAGGAGGCGUGGAGACAGAAGGGUGCGGCAUCCCUAUUGCAACUGGAUAUCUCAGGAGCCUUUGACACGGUCAACCGUACCCGACUGCUAGCAACUUUGCGAGAGAUGGGCUACCCGAGGUGGCUGGUCCUCUGGACGAGAGAUUGGGUUGACUGGUCGAGAGGCCACCCUUAUUUUCGACGGCAAGACGGCGGCACCGACGGCAAUUCGGGCAGGGGUCCCCCAAGGGAGUUUGCGGAUGACACCCAACCUCCUGGUAUUUGGUCGAAACCUGAGGCCAAUGUCCGGCAACUAGAGGCCGGUGUAGGAAACGUGUAUGCGAUGAGCGGACAGCCGGGGGAUCAAGUAAACCUUGCCAACCCAGGAGGAGGCACUAGCCCCGUUAAACCAGAAGGGUCUGCCAGAUUCCUGGGAGUCUGGUUGGGCUGGAAACUCAACUGGAAGGCUCACCUGGUGGCAGUGGAGAAGAAGCUGAGGACCCAGAGCUAUGCCCUGUCGAGGAUCGUGGCAAAGACGUGGGGAAUUGGGCUAGCCAAAGCGCGAGAAGUGUACACAAAGUGCAUCCGGUCGGCGCUGGCCUAUGGCGCAUCAUCGUUUCACAUCCCCACGGAUGUGGGAGGCGAGCCAGUAAAGAAAGGCAUCACUAAGGCCCUCGGGAAACCCCAGAACAAGAGCUUGCGGAUUGUGGCGGGAGCCUUUAAGUCUACCCCCAUCCGACUCCAGCGAACCGACCUAGACGACGGUCAAGGCGGCAAGAAGACCGCAGGGAGCGUUAUUCUUACCGCCUGUCAAAGGAUACAGCAGAGACUACGUUCGAAGAGCGGUAACAGGGGCCGACCGCGAACUGUGGAACUGCGGGAGCCCACGGCGGUGGAGAAAGCCGCGAGAACGAUCGCGCGCUGGACGGGGGGAACCGUAGAUACGAACAAGGUAGUAGAAGAGGCCUGGAGGGCGAGGUGGUUAAAGGAACGGGACGGCAGAGCGAUCACCAGACCGGCGGACGACUUUGACCAUCAGCAGGAGACGCUUUUCCGGAACGAAACCCUAAGGAGGCACGACGGUCUCAGCAAGGCAAAGAGCUCACUGCUGAUUCAAAUCCGGACGGGAGCAAUAGGCUUACGGGACUUCUUGUUUACACGGGGAGUCCCGAAGGUUCUGACUCCUGCCUGCGAGUGUGGCGAGGGACGAGAGCCUGCCGAACACCUGGUAGUGUGGUGUUUGGCCCCACCGUUGACUCGAAGAUGGGAGAGAACUGGAAUUCGGACACGACGGGACUUUUACUCUGUUCUACACGGCAUCAAUCCCACGACUGCACGGCUUGCGAGGAGAGUCCUCGACUGGCUGAUGGACUCGUGGAAGCUGCCGAUGUACAACUUAGCCAGGAGGCUCGAGCUGGAAGCGGCGGCCUGA